AUGUCUCGCUUCUCACCGUGGUUUUAUGAUUUUGACGACUUCUACGACAACUGGACAUCGAGAUUCUCUGAUCCAAACUUCGGGAUUAGCUUCCAUCCACGUGAAUUGAGAUCUGCCAGGACAUUGCCACGUCUCCUGAGGACUCCAUCGGGCUACACACGCAACUGGUCUCUGUCCACAGCCACUGAUCGCAGCAAGGAUGACGCCAAGCAGCCUGUGCUGAAUGAGAAGGAUGGCUUCCAGGUGUGCCUCGAUGUGCAGCACUUUAGCCCCAAUGAAAUCACCGUGAAAACCGUCGACAACUACAUCGUAGUCGAAGGAAAGCACGAAGAGCGUGAAGAUGAUCAUGGACUCGUCUCCAGGCAAUUUGUCCGGCGCUACGCCCUUCCCAAGGGCUUCAACAUGAGCGACGUUGUGUCCACGCUCUCAUCAGACGGUGUUCUCACCAUCAAAGCACCACCAGUUAACAAGUCCGUUGAGAAUAAGGAAAAGGUCAUCCAGAUCCAAAUUACCGGCCCAGCCCAUCUCACGGUCAAGGACGACACCAAAACUGAGGAGAAGCCCGAAAAGGCAGAGUGCUAAAGAAAGCUUCAUUCUCUUCAUUCGCCUCAUUACUUCUCUACUCUCAUAAAGCCCCUUAAAUUAACCCAAAAAGAAUUUCUUCUUAAACUUUUUGUACUGAUGGAAUAAAAAUAUAAAAAAUUUUUUUUCAAAUUUUCA